UAAUAAUGUGGCACCGCCUGUAUUCUGUACACCUAGUGUUAUUUCUGUACGACUUGGAAGCUGAUAUUUGAGACAAUCUGCGCGUCGUUGUAAGCUCAGAGUGAAUUAAAUGCGUGUUUAUGUUAUUAGACUGUAUUGAAUGUCAAGUGUUGGAAGUGUUUCAUUUAAAUGUGCCCGUUAAAUGUCCCUCGUUAGCUAGCGUCGUUGUUAGUUAGUCUGCCCCUGGACCUUGCGAAGUCAUUCAUUAUCAGAGUAGCUAGCAUCAAGCUAGCUCAUGGUAGCUGUUUCUAGCAGGUUCCCUCCCACCCAUUCAGUUACGUUUGUCAGAAGUUCCCACCGUAGAGAAGGCUAGUUUAUUUGGCCAAAUGAAUACAUGUUUACCAGACACACGUCUUUGCAGCAUUUUCAUUGACAGCUUCUGGCUAUAAAAGUUAGCUAACUACCACUGGAAAGGUGUGCUGCAGGCAGGUAGAUGACAUGCAGGGUGAGCCAUGGAUCAGAUCACCUUCCAUUAUGACACGGUGCUGUCUGACGUUCACCUGUUGCUGCCCAACUCUCGCCACCUCAUGGCACGCCUCAACCGUGUAGGACAACCAGUUUUCAUCUCCCGAUUCAGAAUCCUGUGGGACGGAACGAAGCAGCGCACCUGUGACCUCGAUUCCCCCUGCGGAGGGGAAGAGUUAGACCGCGACACCCAGGAGGAGAGUGGAAGGGGAGAUGCUAGGGGGAGUGAGACUGGAGCUGACGGAGGAGUGGACAGGGAUGAGGAUGGAGGGGCUGACGGAGGAGUGGACAGGGAUGAGGACGGAGGAGUGGACAGGGAUGAGGACGGAGGAGUGGACAGGGAUGAGGACAGAGGGGCUGACGGAGGAGUGGACAGGGAUGAGGACGGAGGAGUGGACAGGGAUGAGGACGGAGGGGUAGAACCACCUCUGGAUGAAGAUGGAGAUUUAGAGGUACCACGCAGGCCCAGACAAAGACUCCCUGAGAGGGACAGAGACAUGGUCUACCCCAUCAUCCUCAGCCAGGCAAGAAGAGAUGAAGAGGAGGAUGAUGAGGAGGAGGAGGAGUGUCCUAGAGACGUCAUCAGGAUAGAACACACUAUGGCCACGCCUUUAGAAGAUGUUGGCAAACAGGUCUGGCGUGGCGCCUUCCUAUUGGCUGAUUUAAUCCUGUCUCAGCCAACUACAUUCAGAGGAGCCACCGUCUUGGAGUUGGGGGCAGGGACUGGGCUGACCAGCGUAGUCAUGGCAACGGUGGCCAAAACAGUGUACUGCACAGACGUUGGGGAGGACCUACUGAGCAUGUGCCAGAAGAACGUGACGCUGAACAGACACCUGAUGGAACCUGCAGUGUGCUACGAUGACGACCUGACAGACGCGCUGUUCCGAACUCUGUACAGAAUCUGUAACAACCUCCGUCUCCCCUGUACGACAUACCUGUCUAUAGAGAAGAGGCUGAACUUCACUCUGAGACACAUGGACAUAUCCUGCGAGGCCUACGACCAUUUCCGCCACUGUCUGUGUGAGAUGCAGGAGCUGAGGGACGGACGGACAUGCUUCACUGUGGAGCAGGUCACCCCCUCCUUCCCACAGUGCCUGCUGUAUGAGCGCAUAGAGCAACUGGAGUUGUGGAAAGUGACAACGGUGCCUGUCUAACCCUCUGAGGAGCUGACCUGCUCCUAGACCUGCUCCUAGACCUGCUCCUUAGACCUGCUCCUGGACCUGCUCCUAGACCUGCUCCUAGACCUGCUCCUAGACCUGCUCCUUAGACCUGCUCCUAGACCUGCUCCUAGACCUGCUCCUAGACCUGCUCCUGGACCUGCUCCUAGACCUGCUCCUUUGACCUGCUCCUAGACCUGCUCCUAGACCUGCUCCUGGACCUGCUCCUGGACCUGCUCCUAGACCUGCUCCUAGACCUGCUCCUAGACCUGCUCCUAGACCUGCUCCUAGACCUGCUCCUCGACCUGCUCCUAGACCUGCUCCCUAGACCUUCUCCGUGGAGUAUUCUGAUCUUAGACCUGCCCCAUGGAGUUUUCUGAUCUUAGACCUAGUGUUUUCGGAGCCUCUUGUGGUCAGUGUUGAGAAGGUAUUGAUAAAACAUAUAGAUGGUUGAGUGAACUAAUAGCAGUCAUUUUAAUCAGGGCAGCUGGACAGCAGUGAACAAAGACACUAGGGAUGAUCUCUGGAAAUGAACUCACUUGUUAAAUGAGAUGUUUUUAAGCUCAGACCAGGGGUUGUGAUAUAUAUAUUCACUAUAUUCUCAUUUACUUGCUGUUGGAUUGAAGUGAACUGGUAAAAUGGGACAGCCCCAUAACCUCUGAAUGUUGUAAGUGUAAAUGAUGAGUGAUCAGGUCAACACUGACCUGGGAUGCAUCCCAAAUGGUAUCAUAUCCUCAAUAAAGUGCACUACUUUAGACCAGAGCCCUAUGGACCCUGGUCUAGAGCCCUAUGGACCCUGGUCUAGAGCCCUAUGGACCCUGGUCUAGAGCCCUGUGGACCCUGGUCUAGAGCCCUGUGGACCCUGGUCUAGAGCCCUGUGGACCCUGGUCUAGAGCCCUGUGGACCCUGGUCUAGAGCCCUGUGGACCCUGGUCUAGAGCCCUGUGGACCCUGGUCUAGAGCCCUAUGGACCCUGGUCUAAAGCCCUGUGGACCCUGGUCUAGAGCCCUGUGGACCCUGGUCUAGAGCCCUGUGGACCCUGGUCUAGAGUCCUAUGGACCCUGGUCUAGAGCCCUAUGGACCCUGGUCUAGAGCCCUAUGGACCCUGGUCUAGAACCCUAUGGACCCUGGUCUAGAGCCCUGUGGACCCUGGUCUAGAGCCCUAUGGACCCUGGUCUAGAGCCCUAUGGACCCUGGUCUAGAGCCCUGUGGACCCUGGUCUAGAGCCCUAUGGACCCUGGUCUAGAGCCCUAUGGACCCUGGUCUAGAGCCCUGUGGACCCUGGUCUAGAGCCCUAUGGACCCUGGUCUAGAGCCCUGUGGACCCUGGUCUAGAGCCCUGUGGACCCUGGUCUAGAGCCCUGUGGACCCUGGUCUAGAGCCCUAUGGACCCUGGUCUAGAGCCCUAUGGACCCUGGUCUAGAGCCCUAUGGACCCUGGUCUAGAGCCCUAUGGACCCUGGUCUAGAGCCCUGUGGACCCUGGUCUAGAGCCCUGUGGACCCUGGUCUAGAGCCCUGUGGACCCUGGUCUAGAGCCCUGUGGACCCUGGUCUAGAGCCCUAUGGACCCUGGUCCAGAGCCCUGUGGACCCUGGUCUAGAGCCCUGUGGACCCUGGUCUAGAGCCCUGUGGACCCUGGUCUAGAGCCCUGUGGACCCUGGUCUAGAGCCCUAUGGACCCUGGUCUAGAGCCCUGUGGACCCUGGUCUAGAGCCCUGUGGACCCUGGUCUAGAGCCCUGUGGACCCUGGUCUAGAGCCCUGUGGACCCUGGUCUAGAGCCCUGUGGACCCUGGUCUAGAGCCCUGUGGACCCUGGUCUAGAGCCCUGUGGACCCUGGUCUAGAGCCCUGUGGACCCUGGUCUAGAGCCCUAUGGACCCUGGUCUAGAGCCCUGUGGACCCUGGUCUAGAGCCCUGUGGACCCUGGUCUAGAGCCCUGUGGACCCUGGUCUAGAGCCCUGUGGACCCUGGUCUAGAGCCCUAUGGACCCUGAAACAGUGCACUAUAUAGGGACCAGAGUCCUAUGGGACACUACCUUAAUGUCUGUUUAUAACUUAUAAGACAUUAUUAAAUAGCUUGUUAACAAUUGAGUAAAUAAACCGUUUAUCAAUCAGUAUUUUCUAAGUUCAUGUAUUUAAUAAAAUAAACUACCUAAUAAUGUUUAUAAGAGCUUUAUAAGCAGACAUAUAGUGUUAGUAGUGUGUGUAUAUUGAUACGAGACCACAGCACUGUUUAUUUCACAAUUAUUCAAAAUGACUAAAUAAAAUACAAGUUAUUGAUUUAUUUCAACAAAAAAUGUCCACUUUGUCAUGUCAACAGCUGAGGCAUGGAGCCACUCUCAAAUUCAUAGACAGAGCUACGACUGACCGUCUAUGAGAGCAGAAUGAUGGUUUUAACUGUGUUUUCAGGCUAUACAGUGUUUGUUUACAAUGACAUUCUUUACACACAGUGGAGGAUAACAAGCUUAUCUGAUCCGGUAAGACAGUUAAGCUCCUCAGUCAUAAGUGUUAUCCGUCAAUAUAUACAGUUCGCUCCAAAAGUAUUGGGACAGUGACAUGUUUUGUUGUUGUUCCGGCUCUGUACCCCCAACACUUUUGGAUUUGAAAUGGUACAAUGACUUAUGAGAUUAAAGUUCAGACUGUCAGC